AUGAAUAUAGUUACUUCAAAGAAUGUCCUCAUCCCGGGGAAUCACAGCGACACAGGUUAUGCAAAGAGCUGUUUCUCGAGCAAGACCAGAUCAAAUAUUGGUUUUAGAAUAAAAGAACUCAAAAAAAAGCUCAAAAUGAAAGAUCUUCUAACAUAUUACUUCGUGGUGAAAACGAUAAGAUCUGAUAUGAGAAUGAAGCAAUGCUAG